AUAUGCUGUUGUAUGACAUUGAGGAAAACAUGAUGCCCCCAAGGAGCCUCCUGCUGGCAUUGAAGGAACUCAGCCUGCGCCCAGACAUAGACAGCUACCGGGAUGCCACGUGGGCCCGUAUCCUGAGCCUGCUGAGGAAUAAGCGCAGGGAGGAGGACAUGUUGUUGCUGUGUCAGGUGCUCCAUGGACUGGCCACGGGUGCCCAGGAUCUCCUGGACGACGCCUCUCUGCAGAAGGAAGUGACAAACAGAACGCCCAUGGAAGUGGCCACCAGGGCUGAAGAAACCCUCCAGGUUUUCUUCAAUCAUCAGCUCCUGGGAAGCAAAAGCAAGGUGGCAGAGGAAGCUCUGGAGACCAUUGGCCACCUCUUCUGUCUGCUGUCAGUUGAAAAUCUUGAGAGUCAUGUUUACUGGUUAACCAAAUGGUUCACGACUCUGACUUCCACAGCAGUGAGGCCACUCUACAUGUGCAAGUGUCUCUGCGGCGUCCUGAAAGCCCUGUACCGCAGCAAACACGGAGGUCGCAAGGUACAAUCCUGGGCAGAGGAGCUGGCAGGCAUCCUCCUGAAGCAGGUGAGUGCCGCGGCAGUAGAGCCAUCCUGGACUCCCCUUUCUCUCUGCUUUGGAGGGGACGGCUUCCCACGACCAGGGCGCCACUCCACACAGCACAGGUGUCUUUCACGUGGGGAUCUCAGCCUUACACACCUCAGGCUUCCCCGAAACAGUGACAUGCCUGGAUUCUUGACACACAGUGGGAUCUUUCCCACGAGGACAGGUGGACAGAUCUGUAUGAUUCCUGGGGUGAAGGGCCUUUGUUGGUCCCCCUGAACUCUGGGAAAAGGCCAGAAGCUCGAGCCUCUC